AUGCCUCUUGCUCUCAACCGAUCCACCUCCAACUACAACACUCUUAGGACCGGCGAUGACGGCACCAGUGAUCGUGAUGAUAAUCCCCAGCUGAUAGUAACCUCUCCGUCAUCCCCAAUGCCUCGUCGGACACCGACGACUCGUUUUGCGGAUGAGUUGGAUACCCCCAGCCGCCUACCUAGGCGUGGCACGCAAGACGCGGACGAGAGAACGGGCCUUUUGGGCGCUGCUGACGACUCAAACCGCACAUACACCUCUAUCCAGAGUGGUUCUUCCACCCCCCGCCCGGCCCCCUUCCACAGACACACCAGCGCUGCUGGCAGUGUACGAAUACCCAGGAACCACAGUCGGGCAAACUCACAAGUCGCCAAGUUUGGCGGCGGGGAUUGGUCGCUGCCGGAUGCGGCAGACUACUUGAAGAAUACCCUGGGCGGGUCGUUUUUGGAUGACAGGGUGUGGUACGACCAGUUUACGUCCACCGACUGGGUGCAUGACAGCAUCGCAGAUGGCAUACGGCUUAGGCAGCUGCGAAGCCGGAAGGAUAUUCGCGGACGUCUUCUAGCCUGGUUUGACGGGGCGCAAGGCUGGAUUCUGGUUGCGGUCAUUGGAUGCAUAACGGCCUGCUUUGCGUACUUCGUCGAUGUUACGGAACAUGCCAUGUUUGACAUCAAGCAAGGGUUCUGUACGGAGAGCUGGUUUGUGAGCAAACGCCGGUGCUGCCUGUCUGAAGAGAAGUGUGAUGCGUGGCUGUCCUGGUCUGAGAUACUAAAGUCCUCGCCCAUCGACCGGGACUGGGUCGACUUCGUUGCCUUUGUUUUCUGGGCUGUCACCCUCGCUGCCCUCGCGUGUGUGCUUACGCUUCUUACGAAAACAGUCGUGCCGUCGUCCGUCUCGCUGUCUACAUUGGAUGAGGAUCUUGGAGCUCAGGUCAAUUCAUCGCCGAUAGACGAUCGGAAAACACGUUCUUCUAGCCAGUCACCGCAGAGAGGGGCAGUCGCUGCUCCUCCCAUGGUUUACUACUCUGCUGCUGGCAGUGGUGUCGCGGAGGUGAAGGUCAUUCUCAGCGGGUUUGUCCUGCAUGGAUAUUUGGGCUUCAAAACACUGAUCGUAAAGACGUUAGCCCUUGUUUUAGCGGUCGCCUCGGGACUAAGUGUUGGAAAAGAGGGCCCCUACGUUCACAUUGCCUCUUGCAUUGGAAACAUAUGCUGUCGAAUAUUUUCGAAAUAUCACCAAAAUGAUGGUAAACGGCGUGAGGUGUUGAGUGCCAGUGCUGCUAGUGGGGUGGGUGUUGCAUUCGGCGCUCCUAUCGGAGGCGUGUUGUUCGGCCUGGAAGAAGUCAGCUAUUACUUUCCCCCCAAAACCCUCUUUCGAACAUUCUUCUGUUGCAUCGCAGCCGCUCUUUCUUUGAAAUUCUUGAACCCGUAUGGCACUGGGAAAAUAGUGCUGUUCGAGGUUCGCUAUGACUCAGACUGGAAGGUAUUCGAGCUUCUGAUAUUUAUGCUCCUCGGCCUACUGGGUGGUGCGUCGGGUGCCCUGUUUAUAAAAGCCUCGAAGCUCUGGGCACAGUCGUUCCGCCGCAUUCCAGUUAUCAAACGCUGGCCGCUGCUGGAAGUCGUCUUGGUCUCAUUGAUCACGGGCGUAGCCAGUUUUUGGAAUCGCUAUACGAAAUUGUCUGUCUCAGAGCUUCUGUUCGAACUUGCAAGCCCAUGUGAUCCUGACACCGAAUCAAGAACGGGGCUCUGCCCUACGGGCGACAAGAUCCCUGAAGUGAUCCGUUAUCUUGUCAUUGCUUUUGUUAUCAAGAGUCUUCUGACUAUUAUAACAUUUGGCAUUAAAGUGCCUGCCGGCAUCUACGUCCCAUCUAUGGUUGUUGGCGGUUUGCUGGGCAGAACCAUGGGGCACAUUGUUCAGUAUUUCGUUGUACAUUUCCCGGACUGCUUCCUUUUCAGAAGCUGCUCCAGUUCUCGCGAUGCACUAUCGUGCAUAAACCCGGGGGUUUACGCUCUCAUCGCUGCUGGCUCUACGAUGUGCGGUGUUACCCGGCUCUCUGUGACGCUAGUUAUCAUCCUGUUUGAGUUAACGGGUAGUCUUGACCAUGUACUUCCGUUCUCCCUUGCAAUUCUCUGUGCUAAAUGGACCGCGGAUGCAAUGGAGCCACUAAGCAUAUAUGACCUCCUUACCGAUAUGAAUUCAUACCCCUACCUAGACAAUAAACUCCACCCAACCUCCGACAUCGCGCUAAGCGAACUCGUCCCUCGCGUCCGCAAGAACCGUAUCAUAGACAUCUCCAACUCCCCCCUGGUCCCGGCAAUGGAGCUCCGCAAGAAACUCGACGUUCUCCUGAGGGCCGGCGAACUGGACGGCGGCCUGCCGAUCCUGCGAAAGAAUAUCUUGGUCGGGUUGAUCCCCGCACCCGAGCUCGAGUUUGCGCUUGAUAGACUUGAGAAUGAGGCCGAGUCAAUGUGCUUGAUGUGUACUGACAGCCCGUAUGGCGAUUGGAGCUGUGAUGGAGAGGCGGGCGGGGAUGGGAAUAGAGAUCGAAGUAGGAGUGGACUCAAUUCGACGGGUCUGAUGGCAGAUUUUACGCCGUAUAUUGAUCCGGCACCCAUGGCAUUGGAUAUCCACUCCCCCAUAGACCUUGUAUACCAAUGCUUCGUCAAGCUUGGGCUGCGCUACAUGUGUGUCCAGCGCGAUGGCCAAUAUGCCGGCCUGGUGCACAAGAAGUCCUUUGUCAAGUUCAUGAAGGAGCAUGAGGAAGGGACGCAUAAGUGAACGAUAGAAAAAUACACUUAUAAUAAAGGGAAAGCUUCAGGGAUAAGGAUGGAUGGUGGAGCAUGGAAAUGUGCAAAGUGAACGAUGAGCACGAAGUUGGUUUUCAUGUGGAUAGAUUUUUUCCCCUCCCUUUUCCUUUUCUUUCUGGCUGAUAUCCCUGAUGACGCAUGUAUAUACUUACAUACUUAAAAUUUCGUUCUUUCUGCAUGGUAGGUAGCUGGCUCACUUUACUCUCCUUUGCCCUCCUUUGGUUGUGUUACACGUCCUUUUUCCAUGGGGCCGGGGCUACACCAUUUUGUUUCAGUUAUCGGGUAUUUGCCGCCCAUAUUCAUAGAUCUAUAUUGUUUUUCUUC